AUGUCUGUAGGAUCGAACCCAGGACAAAAAUGUUUAUAUUCUUUUGCUAUCAUCGUUCUGUCUUUUAAUUCGUUCUUUCUUCCCAUUUUCUCUAUUAUUCUUUCUUUACAUUUUCUUUUUUUUUUCUCGCGAAAUUUCAGUUUUUACACUUUCUUUCUUUCGUUCUUUUUUUCUUUCUUGCAUAUACUUAUAGUCUGUCCUUCUCUUUUCUGUCUGCUUUUCUUUUUUUCUCCCUUUAUUUCCUCUUUAUCUUUAGUUCUUUUUUUUAUUACUUUAUUUCCUACCGUUCUUUUGGUCUUUUUUCUUUUUUUACAUUUCGUUAUUAUGAGUAUCUCUCUUCUUUCCUUUACUUUCUUACUUGUAUAUCUCUAUUUAUUUCUAUUUUUUAUCCUUUUUUUUGUCUUCUUUAUUUAUUCUUUAUUUCUUUUCGUGUUAUUUUUUCUGUCGAUAUUUCGUUUCCUUUCAUAUUUUGUUUUAAAAAAAUUUUAA